AUGGGCAUUGUAAAUCAAAAAGGGAACAAGUCUAGACAAACCAACGUGCUGAUCACGGUUGCUGGAUGGAUUUCAAAUGGAGCCGAUGAUCACACUUUUCCAUUCUCUACUCUUGAACCGGGUCACAAUGGUGAUCAGUACACGCUUAUUUGGGAAACCAAAGCACUCCAGGAACUCGGAUCUGCACUUCGUAUUCUGCUGUCAGAAGUCACUAGUUUUAUUUUACAACAAGGAAUUCAAGCCACACUUUUGCCUGUGCUUAUGGCUGGUCUCACUGGCCCACUCUGGAUGAUUAAGCUCACAUAUCUUGUCGAUAAUCCAUGGGGGAAUGCACUGACCAAGGCAGAAAAGGCAGGCCGCGUGCUUGCAGAUACUUUGAUGGGACAGGUUCAAGGCAACAGGCCUGUUACUCUUGUUGGAUUUUCACUUGGAGCUCGAGUGAUUUACUUUUGCUUGUUGGAACUUGCUGCCCAUGGUGCACAUGGUAUUAUUGAAGAUGUUUACAUGUUUGGUACUCCAGUUAUUGGGUCUCGCAAAGCAUGGGAAAAAAUCUCAUCCAUUGUCGCAGGAAAGGUUGUCAAUGGAUACACUCAAAACGACAUGCUAUUGGGUGUUUUGUACCGCGCAUCUCUUGCAGCUUGGUCUGAAGUUGCUGGACUUCGUCCUGUAAACGAUGUUCCUGGUAUUGAGAAUAUGGAUCUUAGUGAUACUGUCAAGGGCCAUUUGGACUAUCGAUCU